AUGGGCCGGAGCUCGCCGCAUCUUGUAUUAAUGGUGGCGGUGAUUGUCGCUGCGGGGAUUUGUGCAGAUCUGUGUUCCGGUGACGGACUCUGUAGCUCGCCGGUGCUUGGUCAUUCCGACGACCAUCACCACCACGGUCAUCACCAUCACCACGACGACGGCGGCCAAUGUGGCGGCCACCAUCAUCAUAAUCAUCAUCAUGACCAUGACCAUGGCGAAGAAAUGGAGUACAAGUUGCCGGAGGAGCUGGCGGAGGAGGAGGAUAUGAAACUCUAUGGCUUCGGGAAUUACCAUGCUCACGAUGAACAUGAUCACCAUCUGCAUUCUGAUUCGCAUUCCAAGCUUUCUGGUCUAGGUCUUUGGAUCAAUGCCUUGGGCUGUUCGCUUUUGGUGAGCUUGGCUUCCCUUAUUUGCCUGAUCAUCUUGCCAAUCAUAUUUGUGCAGGGAAAGCCUUCCAAGGGAGUUGUUGAUUCAUUGGCUUUAUUUGGGGCCGGAGCAAUGCUUGGAGAUGCUUUUCUUCACCAAUUGCCACAUGCAUUUGGUGGACAGCAGCACUCACACUCCCAUUCACACCACCAUGCUGAUGAUUUGAGCCAUGAUCAUUCUGGCCACGAGCAUUUGCAUAUGCCGUCAAGUGGGCAUUCACAUUCUUUGGAGGAUCUUUCUGUUGGAUUGUCCAUUUUGGCUGGCAUUGUAGUCUUUCUUCUUGUGGAGAAGCUUGUGAGAUAUGUUGAGGAUAACUCUACUGGCGAUGUUUGGGGUCAUAGUCAUCACCACCACCAUAAGAGCAGUGAGAAAGUGAAGGAUGGCAGUGAUGCUGAUGGAGCAUCUGAUGAAAUUUCAGAUAACAUGUCAAAUGGGGAUAAGUUGAGUCAAAAGGAUUCUGUUGUUCACAGGAGAAAAGGCAAGGCUGGUUCCAAGGGUGACAAAUCAGAUAAAGCCACCUCGGACAAAUCUACUAAGUCUACUAAACUCGCACAGGGAAAAGAACCUGCAAAGUCGUCUUCAAAUCUGGUGUUCGGGUAUCUGAAUCUCUUCUCUGAUGGUGUUCAUAAUUUUACUGAUGGAAUGGCUCUGGGCAACGCUUUUCUGCUUUAUGGAUCAGUUGGUGGAUGGUCUAGAACUCUCUUUUUGCUUGCACAUGAGCUCCCUCAAGAGGUGGGUGACUUUGGAAUCUUGGUGAGGUCGGGUUUCAGCGUGUCUAAAGCUCUUUUCUUCAACUUCCUGUCAGCAUUGCUCGCUCUCGUUGGAACUGCACUGGCUUUGCUUUGGGGGAAAGAUCCCGGACAGUCGUCUCUGAUCGAGGGUUUCACGGCAGGUGGGUUCAUAUACAUUUCCGCAGCUGGUGUGCUCGCAGAAAUGAACACUGGCAAAACGAGUCUGAAGAGCACGGCUGUUCACACAGUGUCCCUGGUGGCGAGAAGGCUAGGCGCGAGCUAUCAUGCCGCUGUACUCGCCACCAUGGUUCGAGGAAUGGUAGAUGCAUCAGCGAAAGAAGUUAAGCAACAUUGA